UGUUAUCUAAAUACCGUUCUAGGAACACGUGCGCGGGCCGGCCUUGGGCUAAUCCUGUAGGGCCGGACCUGCUUGCAUGCUGGCACGAGAAACAGCGCACUUGCCGGCAAUGGCCCGGGCCUUCAGCUGCCCUGGUGUAGCAAAGACGAGCUUAAGAUGGCCGCCUUUACAGGCUUAUCAGGUUUGGUGUCCACAUGCAGCAUUCCAUAUGCAAGUAGGGACCCAAGUGGUCCGAGCAAGCAGCAUCGCCGCCCCGGCGCUGGAACCCCAAGGUCCUCUUCCAAUAGGAGCGGUUGAAGGAAACGCUCCAUUGCACCAUCGCAGCAGCGGCAGGAGGAGCGGCAGCAGCGUUGCGACCGGACAGGGAAGACCGCAUCAUGCUGCCGAGCAGAAACCAAUAUCCACUCCGCUCAACGCGCCGUGCGAAAACACAGUUGUCGGCGCUUCAACUCCGUGCACAACACCCUUCGGGAGCACAUCACAACAUGCGACCGCGUUAGUGAACAACAACAACAACCGCAGCAGCAGCAACGAUUCGGGCAACACAGUUCCUCGCCCGUCUGUAGCAUCCGGAAGCUGUGGCAGUAGCACGAGGAGCAUCAGUAGAACAAUGCCUGCAGGCAAUAGCGCACCAAGCUUGCCCAUUAGGUCUAAUAGACCUCGCAGCGAUGGCAUUCCCCUUGACCAUAACUAUAACAGCAGCAGGAGCAGCGCUGCCAACCGCAGCAGGAGCAAUAGUAAUAGCAGUAGCAGCACGCCCCAGAACACCAACAGGAGCGCCAGGACCCCAAACCCUUCCAUACGCCCGCCUAAGGCAGCCACCGCCACCACCACCGCCUCGCCUCCUCCCGCAUCCACCACCAACCCCACACCUGUAGCGGCCAAUGCCUCCAGCCCCGCGCCACGCCCUUCCUCCUCUUCCCGGCCUCCCCGCCGCUCCUCCUCUUCCGCUUCCUCCCCCCAGCCACCUCUCUCCCUAGAGCUCCUACGGCACCGCACGCCAGCCCUCCAAGACCUGGAACCCGCCCUCCUGCGGACGCGCCUGCUCGACCUCUCACAGCUCUUGCACGUCAAGGAAGCCGCGGCGUUGGAGCUCUGCAAGGGGGUGCCCGGGCUGCUGCUGGCGCGGCCGCAUGAGCUGUCCCGAAGCAUGCAGCGACUGCGAUACGCGCUGCGCUUGGCCCCGCCGCCUGCUUCUAGGACCGCCGCCGCCGUCGCCCCUCCGCAGGGUGAGGUAGCUGCUGCGGCGGGGGUGACAGCGGCGAUGGAGGCAGCGCCGGCGCCGGGGACAGCCUCCUUGCCAGCGGCCUCAGGAGUCAGAGAAGGAGCGGGGACUGGGACGGCGAGCGGGAUCGUAGGAGGAGCCGCAGCAGGAGCUACUUCAAAGGAUGUUGAGGCGCAGAGAGCAGCAGCGCGCAGAGCACCACAAGCAGCACCAGCACCAGGAACCCCAACAGCAGCAGCAGGAGCGAACGUAGUACAAGAGGAGAGCGGCGACGGAGACAGCAGGCUAGCAGCGGAGGGGCCAGAUGCGGUCCUCAGACGCAUCUGCCUCGACGCCCCGUUGCUGCUGCUUCUGCCCAUCAGUCGAGUCCAGGAGUGCCUUGCGGUGCUGAGCUCGGCGACGGCGCUGCCGCCGCGUCGUGCCGUCGCCUUCCUCCGCCAGCAGCCCCACCUAGCCACCCUGGCGCCCGCCACCCUCGCAGCCAAGCUAGACGUGCUGAAAUACAUCCUCACCUGUUAUGGAGGCAUAGGCAACAGCAGCGCUGCCGCUGCACCCCCUGCUGGCGCGCCCGCCGCAACCGGCGUCGUUGGCAUAACCGCCGCUGCUGCCAGCGCUGCCGCCGCCACCCUCGCCUCCGCCAUUCUUCGCGCUCCGGUCCUCCUCACCUUCAGCACCGCAGUCCUGCAGCGGCACCACGAGCAGCUGCUGCCUCUGCUGGGGCCGCAACGCCUGGCCGCAGUUCUGCACGCAGAGCCCGGGGUGCUGGCAUUGCAACCCGCCCGCCUCGCCACCAAGCUCCGACUGCUCCAGGAGCUGCUGGGCUGUGCCCAGCACCCCGCCGCGGUCGCCCUGCUGGUUGCACGGCAGCCUGGGUUGCUGCGUCGCUCCCUGCAUGCGCUCAGCCGCGGAUGCCGCGCACUGUCCAUUUGGGCAAUCCCGCAGCGCGCGAAGCUGCGCAUGCUGCUGUCGCGGCCCGGGCUGUUGCUGCUGCCUUGGCAGGAGGUGCACGGCCGUUGCAGGUGGUUGCGGCGGUUGAUGCUUGCGAACCAGUAUUACCAUGGCGCGUUACGGCGGGUGCCUCCCAGUGUGUUGGCGGCGCUGGUGGCGGCGUUGCCGGGCGCCUGGGCGAGGCUGCAGUACCUGGUGGAGUCGCAGCAGGAGGGGGCGGUGCCGCUGCAGGAGGUGAUGGAGGGCGGCCAGGCGGCGUUUGAUGAGCGCUUCCCGGCGUUCCGGAGGUGGCUGGGGUACAAGGUGAACCAGAUGGGUGCGGACAACCCCUGGCGCGGCACGCACCGCAUUCGAGGCAUCGGCACCCCUGCCGCCGCAGCCGGGGGCCAGGGCGGCCGGGUGAACAAACGCAACCUGGUGCGCAUGCGGCAACAGCAGCAGCAGCAGAAGCGCGAGCAAGCGGCGCUACGGCUGCCGGGAGCCCUCGAUCAGCCCUCCGACGGCCCAACGGUGCCAGUGGUGCUUACAGAGGCGUGCGAGGUGCGCAGCGGCGGGUCAACGGUCAACCGCCCACGACGAGUCGUACAACAACCGGCCGUUACCGUUACCGCGACGACGGCGAGUGACGAGGCCGAUGAGGCGACACCUUCGUCCAUAACGACGCCGACGAAUGACGAGCCCCUGACGCACACCUCAGCCGCUGCAACCGCGGCCGUUGCCACGGUUGUCGUACUACCGCCGCCGUAUCCACCAAACCCGCAAUGUCGGUUACCGGUAUCGUCACCAGCUGCAACCGUCACGGCCGCGGUGCCAACUACUGCCGUAGUUGCUCUUGUUCAUGACCGGAGCGCUUCCGGACACCAUGCGCCCCUUCGUGGCGCCCCAACUGCUGCUGCUGCUAGCUCAUCCCCAGCCGCCCCCCAGCUGCUGCCUGGUGCCGCCGCCGCCGCCGCAGCAGCCCCAGCACCUCGCCCUCCGGGUCGCGGCUGUCCCACGGGGUCCCGAGGGGGCUGCUUGGAGGCGUGCGGCUGCGGCGGUAGCAGCAGCAGCUCCCGAGGCGGGGGCUGCUGCUAGGGCUGGCGCUGCAGCGGCUGGUUAGUUGGCGGCUCUGCUGGCGGCGGGGCAGGAGGGGGGCGGCGAGGUGGCUUACCGGCUAGAGAUGUUGGGCAGGCGUAAGCCUUCCCAGGUUCUGUUCGUUGUCACGUUGGCUGGAGUGCUGACAAGAGUGACAACAAGAGUGUAACGGACAUCCACCUCCUGUGCGUGUCUGAUCAGCCCUAGGCCGCUCUGCCUGUAUCCGUCGUCCGUGUAAUGGAAUGUAGAGA